CUUCUCUCUGUUACUCUCCCUCAGUCAAAGACCGGAGUCUCAGAAAGCAGCUGAAUCUUCUCGUAAUCCCCCCACUAAGCAUCAUUUCAUUGAUGCUUUCUCUCUCUCUCUCUCUCUCUUUAAGCACUUUUCCUUUAAACUGUUUUUCACAGCUGCUCAGGUGACAUUAGGUGUCUGGAUGCUACUGAGCUGAAAAGGAUAGAGAGAUUGUAAGAUAACUUUUAAUGCUGCAAUCAGCGUAACACUUAUGUCAUCAGAAGAGGAAUGCGUGUUUUGUACUGCGUGAGCCAUUAGGAUAUUUUUCCCUUUUACGAGUGCUGGACAUAGAUUUUUUUCCCCUUUUUUUUCGCUGAAUCUUUCAUCUCUGAGUGUUUCUUUGUAAGAUGUAUGGUGACUUUUAUGGUGUGAGAUUUUUUCAGUAAGUGGAAAGUUUGGAACAAGGGAUGGCUGAUGGAACUGCAGCUGUCUACUGAAGCUUUUCUCCAAGACAUCAAGGAAUGACAACAGCACCCAUGGAGCCUGUAGGAGUCUUGGUGGAAAGGAGCACUAAUGCUACUGACCCUCCCCUGAGCUCGCAUGAGGAUACAGCUGCCACCUUCACCAUUGGGACCAUCCUCUCCAUCAUGUGCUUUGUUGGAGUCUCAGGGAACAUUUACACCCUGGUGGUCAUGUGCCACUCUAUGAGGACUGCAGCCUCAAUGUACAUCUACAUUAUAAACUUAGCUUUGGCAGAUCUACUGUAUCUUCUCACCAUCCCCUUUGUGGUCUGCACACACUUUCUGAAGGGAUGGUACUUUGGAGACGCAGGGUGUCGGAUACUGAUCAGCAUGGAUUUUCUGACCAUGCACGCCAGCAUCUUCACGCUAACCAUCAUGAGCACGGAACGUUACUUUGCAGUACUCAAGCCGCUGGACACGGUCAAGCGAUCUAAAAGUUACCGGAAGGCAAUUGCGCUGCUGGUUUGGGUAGCCUCUCUAAUCCUCACCUUACCUAUGAUUGUGAGCAUUCAGCUUAUGACGGUGGGCACUAAGGCAAUGUGCCAACCCACUUUAUCCCCACUGUCUUACAAGAUUUAUAUCUCCUUUCUGUUUUGCACAAGUAUUGUUGCUCCAGGACUGAUCAUUGGGUAUCUCUACAUCCAGCUAGCACGGACUUAUUGGAUAUCACAAACAGAAAGCUUCAAGCAGACCAAGAAACUACCUAAUCAAAAGGUGCUGUACCUGAUUUUCACCAUCGUGCUCCUUUUCUGGGCUUGUUUCCUGCCAUUUUGGAUCUGGCAGCUGCUAGGCCAAUUCUGUCCCUCCUUGUCCCUCUCCUCAAAAGUCAAACGCAACAUCAACUAUCUCACCACAUGCCUGACAUACUCCAACAGCUGCAUCAACCCAUUCCUCUACACACUGCUCACCAAAAACUACAAGGAGUACCUGAGGAAGCACAAGAGGUCCUGGAUGGCUGGCAGCUACUUCAACAGAUGGAGUCGUUUUCAGCGAUCACCCCGCAGGUCACCGUCUGCCAGCAGUCAGCAGUGCACCGAGAGCUUCAUGCUCACUCAUACGGCUUCACUGCGAGUUCAUAAUACAAGCUUGUGAGAAUAAAGACAAAGAAGAACAGAAGUAACAAAUGGAAGACAAACAAGUGAAAGCAGAUCCUGAGCUCAUCUUCAUUUGCAAUUGAGGACGAUGAAAAAAGCUGCAUUUCUUGUUUUUGUGCGUGGGCAAAGCAGCUCUGUUUGCAUCCCAGCAGAGACUGAAUGACAAGUAACUGCUGCUAUUUUUGACUUCAGUACAGUUUUUCACAUUUACAUUAGUCACCUCUUGAACUUCCUUUGCCAUGAAGACAAAAACAGAUCAGUUUUAAAGGUUCUCUAUUUUACUCCAUGUUCAACUUGUUUUUCAUUGGAUUAGCCUGCAUGCAGAAUAAUUUAAAACUCUUUCUAUAAAUAACAGUGGGAUAUUGGUUUCAAUGAACGAGUAAGAAUACCUAUCAAUACCUGUCAAUGUACCGUGCCUAAGCACCAACACUCUUCAAUGUGAAGGUUGUUACUGUGGAAGGAAGAUUUAGUCAUUUAAGAGUUAGUCAUUUUUUAGUAGAAUCAAAGACACAGAAGAAGCUAUUAAAAGAAAAUUGGAAAUAGAGGCAUGUCAGCUUUUCAAUCAUUCUGCAACAGAGAGCUAAUCUUCUCGUGGGUGCUGGUUGCCAUUUUGUACUCUCUGUAUUUGUAUUUUCUGCAGAAUUGGUGACUUGGUAAAAUGAUCCAGAAUACAAAGCAUGGAGAAACAGCUGGUCUCAGUUAGUAACACUAACUGCAUGACUCAUCUUAAACUCUAAAAUGUGUCGUGUUACAUUUGGCAUGUUUCUUCCUGCCAACCAACAUCUGUGUUCCUAUGUGAUGUUAACAUUAGCUGAGCCUCAAGAUCAAUCUGCCAGAUGUGCUGUGACUCGUUUGUCUGCCAUAGCUCUACCAAAAAUAGAUUUUCCUGGCUUUUCCAGUUCUCAUAGUUAUUUGGACCUGCUAAGUCAUAGGAUGAGACAGAUCAUGGUGAAAAUUGCAUCUUUCUUCUUCAGGUAAGGGAACUAUUACUGAUAAUGACUUUACAGAACCUCCCUUCAAAAUAUACAAAUCAGCCCUUUGAAAUGUCUAUUUAUGAUCAAAGUGACUGCUUUCUCUCACACACACAGCAAAACUUUACUUCUGAUCCUAAUGUAAAUAAUAGUGACCUCUCAAUGCAGAAGUCUAGAUAGAAACAUUGAAAACUAUAAUACAAUUGCAGGGUGUGCGCAGAAGACUUACAGCACAAGCUAUCCACAGGGUAGGGAGUAUCCUAAGGUCUACACGUUGGUUACUUGUAUGGUAAGCACCCAAUAAGUACAUUGCACGUUUUUGGUAGGUUUCUCAUAGGUGCUUAUAAGUACCCUGUAGGUAAUGUGGAUUUAAUUAGAAUUUCGUGAUCAACAGGUCACACUUCACAAUACUGUUAAGCCCUUGUAGGUACCUACAAGGAUACCACCAAGGUACCAACUAAGUAUCCACAACGUGUUUACAUGGUAUAUUAGGGUUGAUGUUGGGGAUAUUUAAGGAACUGAAUACCAACACAAUACCUACAAUACCUAUCUUAUAAGUAAACUGUGGGUAUAUGUUAUGUUUGCCUAUAGCUAACUGGAAGAACCUUCCAGGUGGCCUGCAGUAGUUGAUGUUUGCAGUCUAAUGAGGAAACGUUUGGAUUUGUUUUGUUCUUCAUAGAGGAAAACAACAGAUUACAAGUUUUGUUUUCUUCAUCAAGAAAGCAAUUUACCCUACUCUUUUUUUUCCCUCACUUGCAAAAAAUUCUUUUAAAGACACCUCAACCAGCAACAGAUUGAUUGCACAUAUCACAUUUUCAUGGAAAUAGCUAAAAUAAGUUCUUUUCUGUGUUACCAUGGACAUUUAUUGAGCAACUGAAUAUUGGGCUACUGCUGCUUUAGAAGUUGACAUAUUUUAAUUGGUACAAAAACACAAAGAAAUGUAUUUUUAACCCAACAAAGAGCUCAUCUGUAGCACAAAAUGAAAUUGAAACAAUGCCCCUUGUCCCACUGUGAAAUAAAUUUCUCAAAACAACUCGAUAAAGCCAUUUCAUAGAAUAUUGAUCAGUUAGGUAUUGGUGGUAGAUUUUAAUAUCUUUGCUUUUGGCCCCUCUCUCUUUUCUAUAAAAAUGUAAAAUACCACCCUCAAACCUGAAAGUAAACCUGAAUGUACUUUUUUUUUUUUUUAAUGUGUGGCUUCUGUGUGCACAAUAAAAUUCCUCUGCAUGUAAAUAUUUCAUUUUAAUGCUGCUGUGCAAUGUUGUCAGUAUAAAAACCCACCUGUGCACAUAAAAAAAAUAUUUUGUGUGAGGACUGACUCUCAAGUUUCUUUGUUAACAUCACUUCUUUUAUCCUUUGAUCAUCACAGCCUCAGUCUUGAUAAUAGAAAGGAUAAGAGGAGUGUAAGCAGUGCAGCUGCCGAAAGCCAAGCUGUUACAAUUUCACUGAUUUUAUUCCCAGUGCAAUGAACACAAGCUCCAAUCAUUUCCUAGCUUAUGCAUAUGUAAGUCCUCUGAAGAAAUCAUGUUCUUGAAAUUGGGAGGUUUUGCACAGAUAUUAAAAAGGAGAUUUUGUAAAAUCUUUUUCUUGGGGAAUCUUCCAAAUGUGUACAUAUAGUUUUACAGGACCUUGCAAAAGUCCAAACCCCCUUUUUUUUUUUUUUUUUUUUACAAAUUGUCACAUUACAACCACAAGCCUAUCUAUCUUAUGGAGAAUAUAUGCGAUAGACCAACACAAAGUAGUGUGUAAAUGUAAAUUAAAGGCGGAAUGAUUGCUGUUGUAGCAUUUUUCAUAAUGAAAAAUCAUAAAAAUAUUUUGUGCAUUUUUUUUUGUCCCCCUGAGACAAAUACUUAGUAGAACCACCAUUUAUUUGAAUCCCAGCUGCAGCUCUUUUGGAGUACGUCUUUACAAGCUAUACAUGACACUAAGCUGAAAUGUCUGCCUAUUCUUUGCAAAAUAGCUUCAGAAAUUCACAGCUGGAUUUAGGUCUUGACACAUGACUGGGCCAUACUAAUGUAUAAAUAUGGUUUGACCUUAACCUUUCAUAGCAGCUCUGGAUAUAAGUUUUGGGUUGUUGUCCCAAAACAUUAAACCUCUCUUUAACAAACCUCUAAAAGAAUUCACACAAGUGAACUACUUUUUAUAAAUGUUUGACUUCUGAAGGCAGUUGGUUGCAAUGGAUAUAAUUUAAUAGCAUCAGAGUAAAGGGGAGCUGAAUACCAAUCCACAUCACUUUUCAGAUUUCUGUUUGUAAAAAGAAAUGUUAUUUCACUUGCACUUCAUGGUUAUGCACUACAUGGUCAAUCACAGGAAAUCCCAAUAAAUGCAUUCAAGGUUAUAGAUGAAAAAUAAAAAUAUCGCGUUCUGUGGUUUAGAGUGACCAACGUACAGACAAGAAGAGCUAAGCAGCAGCAUUCAAUUCAAUUCAAAGAUACUUUAUUGAUCCCCGAGGGGAAAUUAGAAAAGGAUGUUAAAGGAGUCGUCUUUCUUUAUUCAAGAAAAGUUCAAAAAGGUUUUCCAAAAGCGUAGCAAGAACGUACCAAAUAUCACUGCAGGUAGAAAAACUCUGUUUGAAACUCCAAAAACUUACAGCAUAGAUUCUGCAGGAACAUAAUACAAAAAGCACUUAGACAUGAGUGGAGAACGGGAUAGUGAAUGGAGGAACCAGCAAAGUACAAUGAGAACCAGAGAGCUAAUUAACAGAGGGGAGUGAGGUAUGGACCAAUGAAACAGAGAGGCAGGUAAUCAGAUGAGAAUGGAAAUCAGGUGUGGACCAGACUAUAGAGAACUGAGGGAAUCUGGGUAGUUGCUAAGGUGACCAAACUAGAAGACAAAAGGGAACAUGAGGGAAGCUA